ACUAAACUGUGCGCAAUGCUUCCCGGCGUGAAUUUGCUUCGUAGAUUUGCAGCAGCGAAACGAUGCGUGCAUACGACGGCAGUCGCGGCCAAGUCACAAUCGGGCCGCUACAAAAUUACACCGAAAGGAGAUCGUCCUUUGACCUAUGAAAUGGCUAACCCUCCGCAUCAGAUUGCUCAUCGCAAAGCGUGGAACUCUUGGAACACAUCAAACCUUGAGGGUGAGCUGCGACCAUCGCAAACGAUGCUGGAAGACGACUUCAUCCGGAGGUUCAUGACCGGCACUUGGCACGGCAUGGUACUAUCGGAAGUUAUUAUAAAGCGCCAGCAUAAUCACGUCAGGAUAGCUGCCAUUAUGAGUCGAGCUAUACCGGCGAGAAAAAUGUACUUCCUUAUAGGAUACUGCGAGGAGCUACUGUCCUACUGGCUGCAAUGCCCAGUGACGCUCGAGCUGCAGACUACAGACGACAAAAAGGAUGUUAUUUUCAAGUAUAUUUAGUUUAUUCCUUAUUGUUCCGGACGUUUCGUCGGCACCGAAAGUCACCCAGUCAGCCUAGACAUUUGUAAACAGAAUAAAGUUAGGUCAUUAAAAA